ACUUUGGAAUUAAAAAAGUUAGGACAUCGAAAAUAAUCUUCAUUUUCCAAAUUUCUCGCUAAGGAAGAAAUGACCACUGCGGUUCAGCUCUUCCACUCUCUCCCGCCAAUUGCUUCCCUCCCGACCGCUACAGUCCCGGCGGCCAAAAGCAGCGCCGGCGCACGAAACCAACCAGCAUCGUUGCAUGUAGUAUGCGCUUCGAGGAAGGGCCGAUAUGACGACUACCACGCCACUCUCAAAGCUCUCAACUCCAAAGGUCGCUUCCCACGAAAAUCCCUUGGCCAGCAUUACAUGUUGAAUCCUGAAAUUAACGAGCAACUGGCACGAGCGGCCAAUGUAGAAGAAGGUGACGUGGUGUUAGAAAUCGGACCGGGAACUGGUUCUUUGACCAAUGUCCUCAUAAACUCCGGCGCCACCGUUCUCGCCAUCGAAAAGGAUCCUCAUAUGGUGGAUCUUGUAAGAGAAAGAUUUGAAACCACGGAUAAGUUCAAGGUAUUACAAGAGGAUUUUGUCAAAUGUCACAUUCGUUCUCAUAUUUCUCCAAUAUUGGAAAAUAGAAAGGCUUUGAACGUGAGCUUGAUUCGUGCCAAAGUAGUUUCUAACCUACCCUUUAACAUAAGUACGGAUGUAAUUAAACUACUUCUUCCUAUGGGUGAUAUUUUCUCUGAAGUUGUUCUCUUGCUUCAGGAGGAAACAGCUGUGCGAUUGAUGGAAUUGUCUUUGCGGACAUCUGAGUACCGACCCAUCAACAUCUUUGUUAAUUUUUAUUCUGAGCCUGAAUACAACUUUAGAGUUCCAAGAACAAAUUUCUUUCCUCAACCUAAUGUUGAUGCAGCUGUUGUUACAUUUAGGCUGAAACAAGCACCAGACUAUCCUUCAGUGGCCUCCACGAAAAGCUUUUUCUCCAUGGUGCAUUCUGCUUUCAAUGGAAAACGGAAGAUGUUGAGGAGAUCACUCCAGCACAUAUGCCCAUCUAAUGAGAUAGAAAGAGCUCUUGGAGAUGCUGGCCUUCCAACGACAUCAAGACCUGAGGAGCUCACCUUAGAUGAUUUUGUGAAGUUGUACAACAUGAUUGCAAAAGUCUAGUCCCACACAGUUCUGAAUAGUUUAGACAUUGCAAAUGGCCCUAAGAACAGCUAGUUUUGGCAAAAGCCAUUUGCCAUGGGCACAAAAUGCAGUCUUGUACAUCGCAUGGUUCACCUUGAAGAAGAAAAACACAAUCUAACAUGAACUCAUCAAUGGAGGACAGUGCCAUACAAGUCAUUUUGAUAUCCACGGUCCCAUCUCGAAAGCAGUGCCUCCAGCAGAAGGUAUUAUCCAGGGUAAUGAUGGUUAUGACUGCCAUAUCUUCUUUUCAAGUUCUCUUCAAACAGCUCGCCCCAUAUUUAAUUCAUAUAGUCUUAAUAUUUAACACAUCUAUAAAGAUUCCCACAGAUUUUACCUGUACACUUUAAUACCCGGUGUACAGAGAAAAUGUGCUUUGGAAGAGGAGCUUGUACUUUUCGCUACUCUGUAUCUUAUAACAUCAAGUUCGGCAAUAUUUUGACUUAUUUAAUUUUUGACUUCCAAUGGGGAGGGCUUCCAUAACGUUAAAUAUACGAGUAAAACAAAUACUUGAAUGAAAUUUUCAAAGAAAUAAAAAAAGAUGUUUCUUUGCAUUAUAUUUGAUGAAGGGAAUAAGCCCUGUACGAGUUGAAAGACCAAAAGAAUCUCUUGUUAAUUGAAGGAAACUGAAUAAACUAAAAGGUAAUAUAACCAAACUUCCUCGAUAAUAAUAACGGAAAAGCACUCUGUUCUGCUCCUCCCAAGUUUCGGCCCUGGGCCCAUCAGACUUGUAGGCAAGAUUCAAAGCUCAAAACUUAUACCCGGAUUGAUGUCUUUGAAAUUUUCCUGGCCUCGGCUUCAUUAUCACCAUCGGCUUGCAUUUUUGCUUGCUGCCUGCCUGCCAUCCUUAUGGCAGUGGCAGAGGAGAGAGUUCUCUGCUGCUACCAGUGGCAAAGGAUGCUGUAGAGGAGCAGGAAAUUGAGUUUUGGGUAGCAUCUAACAUAGCAUCAAGUAACUUUGCCAUCUGGGUUGCUUGAUGUAGCGAAAAUACUAGCUCUGUUAACUGCCGCCACUAGUGGUGCCUUGUGCCUCGGUCAUGACCACGUUGUUGUAGUUGUUCUUUUCUUAUUCAUAGUUUAGAGACUUAGAGAAAUGUCGGUAGCAAGUCGCUGCUUUUCUUGUGUUAAGCAGUUGUGACAUUGGGGAGGUUUAUUAUGAGUUUUUCUUAUGGCUGCCGAGCACUUCUUUUCCAUUGAAUCAAAACAUUUCUAUUUCUGUUCGUUAAAUAAAAAGAAUAAUUUCAUUUCUGACCGUUAGCUAUAUAUAUAUAUUUCCAGGUUCUGAUUGAAAAUGAAUUUCGUUGGGCAUAACUGAGAAUAUCAUCACCAACCAGAGUACGAAUUACAGCUCACAACAAAUAGAUAAAAGAGUAAAAGAUAAUGAGGCAAAACCCAAAGAUCCUAUUAAAUCACAAUUUGAAGGAUCAGUACGAGAAUGAAAAGUUCCAACAAACACGAAGAUACUCAGAUAAACACAAGUCGCAGAAAAUAAGAAGGCAGAUCACGAAUCACAAGAACACUCGACAGCAGUGGAGACAGGCACCUGAAUAUCCUUAUAGAGACAAACAUAGGGAACAUCGCAACCAAUGUAAGGUCCAGUCCAUUGACCUUCAGCAAUAUAGCUUGCAU